GGAAGUAAAGUGACACAACGUAGCAAAAUAGUGUGGAAUAAUAUCAGAUUAUUCAUAUGACAUUUAGAUUAUAAUAAUUGUCGAGUGAAUGUCACAGGGAAACGUUAUUGAGCAAGUUAUUUUCGCCGUCCAAAUAGAGUGCCUCUUAACAGAAAUGACUGAACUGUGCACAUUGCGUUUCAUGUGAGGAAAUAUUGAAGGAAAUAGUUUUUUGUGUGAUAAAGGAGAAGUAGCCUAGGCUAUGCAGCCCGAUCUCCCCUUCACCUCGCGCCGGUCAGCUGUUGUUUGUUUACAUGGCUGUGUGGCAUCAAGUCAACCCUUGGCAUCAAACAUUGGUCUGGACAUCUUGAAGAGAGGAGGGAAUGCUGCUGAUGCUGCUGUGGCUGUGGCUGCCGCCCUGGCCGUGACAGAACCCUGCAGCAGUGGGAUCGGUGGGGACAGCUUCUGUCUGUUCUAUGACACAAGCACAGGCCAGGUGCGCGGCCUGAACGGCAGUGGCCGGGCUCCCAGAGCACAGACAGUGGAUCUCCUGGAGAGGUAUGGCUACAGUGAGUCUAACCCUAUCCCAUCCUUCCACGCCCUGAACGCCACCGUGCCGGGGUCCGCGGCCUGCUGGUGUGACACCGUCCGCCUGUUUGGCAGUCAGAAGCUCUCUCUCCAGGAUGUCCUGAGGCCCGCCUCCGACCUCGCACUGUGUGGGUUCCCCGUUGCCCAGGUGACCGCGCACCACUGGGCCAAGUGGGUCCGUACCAUGAGGGCUGCAGGGAGGGAGCUGGGAAGAGACUUCCUGAUUAAGAACGAUGCACCCAAACAUGGACAGGUGUUCUCCAACCCUCAUCUGGCCCAAACCUUCCAGGAGCUGGGCCAGCACGGUAAAGUAGGGUUCUAUGAAGGCAGAGUGGCGAAGUCGAUUGUUGAUGUCAUCAUUCGGAACGGAGGAGUGAUGAGUCUGGAGGAUCUACGUGACCAUGACAGUGAGGAGAUCAGACCCAUCCACACUGACUACAGGGGUGUGAGGCUAUGGGAGGUCCCUCCUAACGGUCAAGGCAUGGCAGCACUCAUGGCCCUCAAUAUACUGGAGAACUUCCCCAUCAAAGAGAUGGGUCAUAACAGUGCACGUUACCUCCAUGUGUUGGCUGAGGCCCUGAAGCUGAGCCUGGCUGAUACAGUCCAUUACUGUGCUGACCCGGAUCAUGUUAAAGUCCCUCUGGAGAGUCUACUGUCUAAAGACUACAGCCUGCAGCUCUCACACACCAUACAAAUGGACAGGGCCAGCGUCAUGGCGGAGCGUGAUGUGCCCACAGGAAGUGACACGGUGUAUUUCACGGUGGUGGACGGCCAGGGCAACGCCUGCUCAUUCAUCAACAGUAACUACAUGGGCUUCGGAACUGGUCUGGUGCCUCAGAGCUGUGGCUUCUCCCUGCAAAACCGAGGUGCUCACUUCUCUCUGGAGCGUAGCCAUGGUAACUGUGUAGGCCCGGGGAAGAGACCGUACCACACCAUCAUCCCGGCCCUGCUGACCGACCCCGCCUCUGGACGCCUACUCUGCUCCCUCGGUGUCAUGGGAGCCUUUAUGCAGCCGCAGGGCCACAUACAGGUGUUGCUGAACAUGCUGGAGUUUGGGAUGAACCCCCAAGAGGCGCUAGAUGCCCCUCGCAUGUAUGUGCAGCAUGACAAGGCUGCGCAGCAGUGGCGUGUCAAUUUGGAGGUGGGUGUCGACGAGGGUGUUGCUGAAGACCUGGAAAAGCGUAGCCAUGUGGUUUGCUGGCCUAUCACUGGCCAUGACCGGAGUCAGUUUGGGCGAGGCCAGGUCAUCUCAGUAGGGGAUUGGUGGAACCUGUCUACCCAGGAAGCAGAGCCUAAUGUUAGGGUGUUGUGGGCAGGAUCAGACCCCAGAGCUGAUGGUUGUGCCCAGGGGUACUAGUGACUAGGGCUGCACAAUAUCGGCAAAAAAAUCUCAUAGCGAUUUUUUGAACCAAAUAUUGCAAUUGCGAUUUGGCUUGCGAUAUAGAUCAAAACAUCUGGGUGAACUUUUGGAAUCAGUGAAAUAGAAUGAUUUAUAUUAAGAAGCAAAGUAGAAAGCAGCAUUGAUCUUGUUUGGGAGAGAGACAUCAAACAGAGUAAACUAUAAAAACAGAUGUUACACGCAGCUUAGUGGCGGUUCAAAAUAUUGCACGCAAUAUGGAUCUCUUGCAAUAUGGAUAUUGCACAUGUCAAUAUUGCGAUUUUGAUAUGAAUUUGAAUAAUCAUUCAGCUCUACAUUCUUCGUAAAAAGGAUUCCAAAAGGGUUCUUCGACUGUCCCCAUAGGAGAACCCUUUUUGGUUCCAGGUAGAAUCAUUUUGU